AGUUGAAAAUUCAUCAACGACCCACUUACCAUUACUAUACAAGGUUCCAAAAACCCCUCCUCAAAGAGCCUGCCUCAUUGCCAUGGCAACAUCUUUCUCUCUCUAAAACACCCCCCUCGGUUUCAUCGAUUUCUGUCACUUGCCUUGCUCUCCCAUGGCGUCGAUAUCGGGGUUGUGUUCAUCAUCAUCGAAUUUGAUCCCAAAACCCAACUUACCAUCAUUACCAAGAAUCCAAUCGCCAUGGAUGAUCUCGUCGCCGCUUCGAAUAGAAGACAACUUAAAAAUUUCCUUUUCAGGUAUCAGUAGCAAGAGUAGCCACAGUUUGUUGACGCAUUCGGUGGCGCGUGAUGCUCCAUCAAGUCUGUCAAAGAUUGCUGCAACCGGUGAUGGGGUACCAGGAAAGUCAGUGGCGAAGAAAGGGCUGGAAACAGACCCGAAAGUUCUUUGGGAGAGAUACACAGAGUGGUUGUACCAGCAUAAGGAUUUAGGUUUGUAUUUGGAUGUGAGUCGGGUCGGGUUUACCGACGAGUUUGUGAAGGAAAUGGAGCCUAGGUUUAUGAAGGCUUUCCAGGCUAUGGAGGAUCUGGAAAAAGGUGCAAUCGCUAAUCCAGAUGAAGGGAGAAUGGUGGGGCAUUAUUGGCUUAGGAACCCUAAAUUAUCCCCUAAUUCGUUCUUGAGGUUGCAGAUUGAAAACACACUUGAAGCCAUUUCUACAUUCGCCGAAGACAUCAUCGUGGGUAAGAUAAAACCUCCUUCUUCUCCAGAAGGUCGAUUCACACACAUACUCUCAGUUGGAAUCGGAGGCUCUGCUCUUGGACCACAGUUUGUCGCUGAGGCUUUAGCACCUGAUAAUCCUCCUCUCAAGAUAAGGUUCAUCGACAAUACAGAUCCAGCAGGAAUUGACCAUCAAAUUGCACAACUUGGACCAGAAUUAGCAUCUACACUUGUAAUAGUAGUUUCAAAGAGUGGAGGCACUCCAGAAACAAGAAACGGUUUGUUGGAAGUACAAAAGGCUUUUCGUGAUGCUGGGCUGAAUUUUGCAAAACAGGGUGUUGCUAUUACUCAAGAGGGAUCAUUAUUAGACAACACUGCAAGAAUCGAAGGGUGGUUGGCUAGAUUUCCCAUGUUUGAUUGGGUUGGUGGAAGAACUUCUGAAAUGUCUGCUGUUGGUCUACUUGCUGCAGCACUUCAGGGAAUCAACAUCAAAGAAAUGCUUGAGGGUGCAUCACUGAUGGAUGAGGCAAACAGGACUACUGUGGUGAAGAACAACCCUGCAGCUCUUCUGGCGUUAUGUUGGUAUUGGGCUUCCGAUGGUGUAGGAUCAAAGGAUAUGGUGGUACUUCCCUACAAGGAUAGCCUUUUGUUAUUUAGCAGAUAUUUGCAACAGCUGGUGAUGGAAUCCCUUGGGAAGGAAUUUGACCUUGAUGGCAAUAGAGUAAAUCAAGGACUUACUGUGUAUGGAAAUAAAGGGAGCACAGAUCAACAUGCAUACAUUCAACAGCUUCGAGAUGGUGUGCACAAUUUCUUUGCAACAUUCAUUGAAGUAUUACGUGAUAGACCCCCUGGUCACGAUUGGGAGCUUGAACCAGGUGUCACUUGUGGUGACUACUUGUUUGGAAUGUUGCAGGGAACAAGGUCAGCGCUGUAUGCAAAUGGGAGGGAGUCGGUUACUGUGACCGUGCAAGAAGUGAACCCGCGGUCAGUGGGAGCUUUAAUUGCACUUUAUGAAAGAGCCGUUGGUAUUUAUGCAUCACUUGUCAACAUCAAUGCCUACCAUCAACCUGGAGUUGAAGCCGGAAAGAAAGCAGCAGGAGAAGUGUUGGCUCUACAAAAACGGGUUCUUUCCGUUCUCAAUGAGGCCAGUUGUAAGGAUCCUGUGGAACCAUUAUCAAUUGAGGAAGUAGCUGAUCGGUGCCAUUCCCCUGAAGAUAUUGAGAUGGUGUACAAGAUUAUUGCACACAUGGCUGCUAAUGAUCGAGCUAUCAUUGCAGAAGGUGAUUGUGGUUCGCCUCGAAGUGUUAAAGUUUUUCUUGGGGAGUGUAAUGUUGAUGGUUUGUAUGGGUAAUCGUGUAACAAAUUGUUCUUUUUUCCUUUUCCUCAUUGAGAUAUUUUCAAAGAUAGAUUCUCAUUUUAAUGAAAUAAGAAUAAAUAAAAACGUAUUUUGCUUUU